UCGCACAACAAUACCAGAGUGACUCCAUUUUCCAAUCAAAACUGAAAAUUUUAUAAUCAGUUGCAUAUCUUGCAGUUCAUCCAAUCUCCUGUUUGGUUGCUAAGACAAGCCGACAAGGCAAACUUUUGAUCUUGGAUCUUCCUUGUUCGGUCAUUUGCAGCCGUGGAUUGGAAUAUUUCAGCUUAAGAAAGCAAUCACAAUCCCUUAAAAGUUGAGCUGAGUCUCUGAGAGGGGUGUGUGAGCUGUUUGUUUAGUUGAGUAGUAUGAAUGGAAGCUAUAGCAAUGCAAGUCCGAGCUCAAGCUCGAGUCAGAAUAGCAGUUCCCAUGACACCGAGGAUGACCAGACCAUUGCAACCAUCUUGGCUGAAGAAGAAAAGCUGAAAAAUGAGCGCAGGCUGGGGAAGAGACUCUCCCACUUAGAUUCAAUUCCGCACACUCCCAGGGUGAAUGGGGAGAUACCUGAUGUGAAUGAUGCCACCCAAGACCAUAAGAGGCUUUCAGAAAGGUUGGCUACCUAUGAUCUAUCUGAGCUACAAAUUGAGGGUGAUGGAAAUUGCCAGUUUCGAGCAAUAGCUGAUCAGUUGUUUCGCAAUGCGGAUUACCAUAAGCAUGUAAGAAAACAGGUUAUAAAGCAGUUGAAGCAUCACAGAAAACUCUAUGAAGCUUAUGUCCCGAUGAAGUACAAAAGUUACUUGAGGAAGAUGAAAAAAAAAGGGGAGUGGGGAGAUCAUCUUACCCUACAAGCAGCUGCAGACCGAUUUGGAGCCAAAAUUUGUUUAAUCACCUCUUUUCGGGAUACUUGCUAUAUUGAGAUCCUUCCUAAAGAUGGGAAUCAUAUGAGAGAGCUUUGGUUGAGCUUUUGGAGUGAAGUGCAUUACAACUCACUAUAUGCUACUGCAGAUGUUCCCACAAGAAGUCCCAAAAAGAAGCAUUGGCUUUUCUAGACUUAAUUAGCAGGCAGACAGACCUUGAUGUAAAUUGACAGGCAUUCGAUUGAAUUCUUUCUGCAUUUACCAGGCAUUCGAUUUAUUUCUUUCGACAUUUACCCUGAGUGAGUUAAGAGUUAGAAACUUAUUGAUAUUUGUAUAUAAAAGCUGCAUAGCAUUUCUAUCACGCUUUUACGACAAUGUAAAUUUAGAAAGUUACUACCUAUAUAUGAGUUACAAGCGGCUAGCUUGGUUUACCUCCUCA